GCAAGUGCAUGUUCUUUGUAUGAACUAUUUCUUAAAAGAUUGAGAUAGAGAAAUCUGUAGCAAAGUGUCCUGUAACAUCUGUUGUGUCUUGUGGCCGAGGACAAAAACAGGAUACGGCCCUGGGACUGCAGUGUGAACCAGCAGUGUGAACCAGCAGCAUCACCAUCUCUCUUCAUGCUGCACUACAAAAGGGGUCCGUGUUACUGUUAUUGAAAUGAUGGGACAGAGUGCCAAAGUCUUUGCUAAGUGGUUUUCUUUGACGUCCUCAGCUGCUCAAGGAAAAAGUCUCAACCAGGAAAGAGGAAAAGACAAAGAGAACAUCAGGCAAAUUCACGAACAACUGUGUAUGGAGCUGAACUCACUUCAGCGUGAAUAUAAACACGUCAGACAGGUUGUGUACACUCUGCAACAAGACUAUGAGAGAUCUAAAGAUUUCGACCCCUUAAGGCGCUAUGGUUUACUGAAAGGCAUGAUUAAAAGAACAAUUCUUCAUUUUAAACUUAAUGAAGAUAAAGUUCCUGGAUCUAUUUCGAUAACUGGAAUUCGAAGCCUUGCCAAUGGAUAUAAAGAAUUGUCCUAUUCUCUAGAAUUAACAAGGAGAAAGGCAGAUUUAGAUGAUAUGUCUGUAGAACAGAUUGAGUCGGAAGUUGAACAAUUACGUCAUCAGGUGAACGGGUUGAAGGGUCGGUGCUCUCUUGUGUCAGAUACUGUCUCACAGUUAGAAAACAAAUACGAACAAUCCAAAAAUUUUGCUCCACCGAAACGGUACGAACUGAUGAAGAAAAUGGUUCAAAAUGUCGUGAAUGACCAAUUCAUAUGACAUUUCUUUAUAUUGACAGCAGGACAAAAGAAAUUUCUGCAACACCGCCAUUUUUCAUAUCAAUCCAACAAUUAUAAAUGAUAUCCAUAAAUCGCCAUACCGAAGAAAACAUAAUUUCAAUUUAAACAAUUGAAUGAGACAUUCACUGAUAGAGUACAUGUAUAUAAAUCUGCGCAAAGCGUGAAAAAUUAACAGAAAAUAAGUGUGUUUUGUUUCAAAAAAUUAUUUAUAUUAUUUAUCUUUAGUACAUUAUUUUAACUUUGAUCACGAUUAAUAAUAAUAUUUCAGUUUUAUAAUCAAUUUAAAGUAAUAUAUUUUUUUUUUACGUAUUUGAUCACUUUAGAGUUGGUCCUUUUAUAUA